GUGAGUUUCAAUCUCUCUGUUUAUUUCAGCACUUUCUCAGCCACAACAAACAGAGAGCCUUUUCAUAUCCCAAUCUCUCUCUCUCUCUCUCUCUCUCUCUCUCUGUGAAGAUUCUUCCGGCGAAGAAAUGGCGAUCCGAAAUUUCACUAAUCUCUCCACACCGUCGCCGUUUCUCCGCCGUUCACCUCCGCUGAAUUUUACUUACAUUCUCACCUGCCGAACCUGCGCUGCUCCAUCUCUCCGCUUCCACUCUCCCCGCCGUCGCCGAAGCCUCGGAAUCUCCGUCGCAUUCGCUUCAUCCGGUGGAAUUCCACCCGGAGGACAUGACGGAGGCGGCGGCGGUGGUGGAGGCGGCGGCGGACACGAAGGAGGCGAGGAGGAGGAUCGGGAGAAGAACAGAGCGGAGGCGAUUGCGGUGCUGGCGGAGGCCGGGAGGUCGACAGAGAGUUUGCCGAAGGAUCUGGCGGCGGCGAUUGCGGCGGGGAGAGUACCGGGGGUGAUCGUGGAGAGAUUCUUGGAGAUGGAGAAAUCGGCGGUGUUGCGGUGGUUGAUGCAGUUCGGCGGAUUUAAAGAACGGCUUCUGGCGGACGACUUGUUCUUGGCUAAGAUGGCCAUGGAAUGUGGCGUUGGAAUUUUCACAAAGACUGCUGCAGAGCUGGAGAAACGCAAGGAGAACUUUAGCAAGGAGCUGGAUUUUGUUUGUGCUGACGUGAUCAUGGCCAUUGUGGCAGAUUUCAUGCUUGUUUGGCUUCCAGCUCCCACCGUCUCUCUCAAACCUCCUCUAGCAAUCAGUGCUGGACUUCUCACCAAGCUCUUCUAUGGCUGCCCUGAAAACGCCUUCCAGGUGGCUUUUGCAGGUACCUCGUAUUCGUUUCUCCAAAGGGUUGGUGCUGUGGUGCGUAAUGGGGCCAAGUUAUUUGCUGUAGGGAGUGGUGCAUCGGUGGUGGGUACAGGCAUAACGAACUCCUUGAUAAAUGUAAGAAAGUUAUUCGACAAAUCAUACGCCAUGGAAGCAGAGGAUGUGCCUGUACUAGCAACAAGUAUUGGCUAUGGAACUUACAUGUCGGUUUCUAGCAACCUAAGGUACCAAAUACUUGCGGGAGUAAUAGAGCAAAGAAUGCUAGAGCCUUUGCUGCACAAGCACAAGCUAGCACUGAGUGCAAUCUGCUUCGCAGUUCGAACUGGCAACACUUUCUUGGGAUCGUUGAUGUGGGUCGAUUUUGCAAGAUGGACUGGGAUUCAAAGAACGAGAGAGUAGAACGAGAAAAAAAAAAAAAAACGACACCCUUGUUCGAGAGAUUAUCCGACAAGGUUAGUAUAACAUAAUGCCUCAAGGUUAUUUUUCGAGUUUUAUUAUCGAAAUAUUUAGGCAUAUAUGGUAAUAGAUGAAUGUUGUGUGUUUUUACUGAAGCAUAAGAGUGUA